CCAGACCACAUUCAUCGAUAGACAAAAUACGGAUUUAAUUUCAGGGUGGCUAGUAGAAUAUCGAAAUAAUCGAUAAAAAACAAUCCUCUCCUAAACCAAUCCUGCAUCUACAGAAAGGUACAUUUGUUUUCGACUGUUUCAUGUAUUCGACUGUUAUAUAUAAUCUAUAAUAUAUAAAAUACGUAUUUUACAGAAUUAAGAUAUUGAUUAAGUAAUAUGCAAUGAUUACCAUAAUAGUACCAAUUGCAACACACUGCGCGAACUAAAACUCAUCAUAAUAAUGUUCUUUUAAGGAUGCCUAUACCAGCAGUUACAGGGAUAAAUACAGACCCAGAAAAAAGUAAGCCAGCCUUUCCUCAAGCAAUUAGCAGGGCCUCUUUCUGGGCAACUGCAUCACUGCACAGUUAUUCCAGUAUGUGUCACUCAAAGCUGAUUGGCGCUAUGGACAUUUUUCAUGCCUAAAGUCAUGCCAUCUGAGUCAUUUAAUUGGUACCCGACGGACAAGGGUAUAGAAGUAGCAUUCCAAUAUUGUCGGCCCCUUAUUGUCGUGUUGUACCUUAGCAGACACACAUUUGGUCUGUAGGCUAUGAAUUCCUCUGCAUCCACGGAGCCUGCGUGGGCAUUUUGAAAACUCAGAGAGUAAUGGCUGCUACUGUCUGAGCUUUAUAAAUAUAAAUCCAUAUUUAUAUUUAUAUAUAUUUAUAUUUAUAAAAGCUGCACCACAACGCACGACAGAAAAACUUCACCCACGGAUUUGUGGUUAGGAGAUAAUAGGUAGGCGAAAGUUUGGACCAGUCACGUCUCUGCGACACAUCACGGAAGACAAAGCCAAGACAACAAGAAACGUUUCUAAGGACUUACACUGUAGCCAAAAGCAAACAAUAGACCAUCUAAAACGACGUUUCCAGCUACGAAAUUCUUUUCAUCUAAGCUUGUGUUGUCAGGGAAUAAAUGAUCACCUCAGCAAGACGAGUCUCUCCAGAUAAACCUGAAGUUAGAAUCUCCUUCAGUCUCGACAGCACCUCAGGGUUAAAUGAUGCAGAAGAAGCCCGCCCAGCCUUUCCCGACCUUGAAAAGCGUCUUCAGCCAGUACUGCCAUGUCAGUCUUUGAAGGAGUCUGUCCAAGUCUACAAGGACCAUUGCAAGAUGGCCAAAGAAUUCCGGCAAGUCAAAAUCGAUAUCGCUCAGCUUGAGGACAGAAAGAAAGAUCUAAUAGCAGAGCUGGUGGAGGAUGACGGAGUGACCGUAGAGAUCGCCCGGCUCAAUGAAGAGUUCCGAGUUCUAGCCGAGGAGAACCGCACCUUGAUCACAGUCUACAUGGAGCGAGCCAGGCAGUUGGAAACAUUGCGGGGGGUCAGUCAAAAGAGACAGGGGUCGUCGUGACCCCAGACCUCCACACGUCACUGAGCUGAGGGGUCAGUCUGCUUAGGGACUUGUGGAGGCUCACUGUGGAGGCGGUGUGGUCCAAACUGCAUUAUCUGUGGCUGUUACUCUGGCCUUGUUCCAGUGCAUACGUUUUGUGACAACUGGGAAACCUAUCCUGUCUUUAUCAUGUCUGAUCAUUUUUUUGACUAAGGCCUUCUGCCAGCCCAGUGCAACCCAGGACUUGUUUCUGACAGCAUUGCUUUAGAUUUCAUGUAUUUCUUCCAAAAUAAUGCUGUUCUACUUUUUCUCUGAUACCCAAUGGCCUGAUAUUAACUUCAAUUCAGAAUUUGUUACUGAUCCAUAAUGGAAGAAAUGCCUGUAAGAGUCAAAAGGAUUUGACUGGUUAAUACAGAUAUAAUGUCAAAGGCAUAUCAAUGUACAACUGAGAAAAACACCAUACUUUCUUUUCUUUUACACCAUUAAGGCAUUGACUGAGGAGAUUCCAAUCACAGUCCAUUCACUGUACUUGUUCUGAAUACCAUAACGUACUCCGCUCUGUGCAGGCCAACAUCCUGCUGCAGGUGUUUUUGUUCUGGUGCUAAGCAUAUAUUCAAUGAAUUCUCAAAUAAAUGUUCAAUAAAAAGUUGUAUUCUCCAA